UAAAAGCAAUCAGAACUAAACAAAACCACAUUAUUACCCACCACAGACUUCCUUUUGUAUACGAAUUAAAUCAACCCAUAACCAAGGACCAUAAGAACCAUCAUGACGACAAUUUCAUCACUUCUUAACCAUCACAGUAGUCAAAUGCCAGGAUCCAAUCCAAUGAUGACGGCAAAUAAUUCCAGUAAACAAUCCUCGACGAUGACGACGUCGUCAUCCUCCAACUCACAUCACCUCCAGGCCGAUCACAUAAAAAGACCAAUGAAUGCCUUCAUGGUCUGGUCAAGAGGACAACGACGCAAAAUGGCUCAGGAUAAUCCGAAAAUGCACAAUUCUGAAAUCUCUAAGCGUCUCGGUGCGGAAUGGAAGCUUCUUACCGAAGGACAGAAACGACCAUUUAUCGAUGAGGCAAAGCGAUUGAGAGCUCUGCACAUGAAAGAACACCCGGACUACAAAUACCGUCCAAGGCGAAAACCUAAAACCCUCACGAAGUCUCCUGUGCCUCAGCAGAAUCAUCAUCAAUCAACCAAAGACACAGUAGCGCAACUUCAACAAAAAUACAACUUCAGCAAUUCUCUCGAACUGACUCUGAAUAUGCCACAACGAGUGCCAAAUUUCCCACUCACUCCACACUAUCCCCUGGAUCCGACAAUAGCCCUUGACUUACAAGCUCGUCUCCAGGCAAUGUACGCAGGCAGCUUAUACCAUCCUUGGCGUUAUUUCGGUUGCACUCCACUUAUCAGUCCCGAAACUCCGCCUUCUCCACCGAGUAGUAGUGGCACGGGAAUUUCUUCCUACGGCUGCAUAAAGUCAGCAAAUACAUCGCCAACACUCUCCCUUCCCGCCCAACCGCCACCAAAUAUCAUAUGACCAACUCCAUUGCGGUAUGGUGCCGCGGAACAUGCUGUUUAAAUUUACAGAAUUUGCACCAUAUGCCAUCCCUGCCCAUCCAAAGAGAAUUUAAAUUAAACUUAAAAAAACAAAAAGGAUACAAAUAUAAAAAUUUAAGGGCAUAUCCUUGAAAAAUUAGAUUUUAAGUUGUUGUAGUUUCAUACGAAUACUAUUAGAAAUAGAAAAAUAUGUUAAAUAAAAAUUAAAAAUGUAGUUAAAGUUUAUAAAAUAAAAAUAGGAAUAGAGUUUUGGGAAGACAACAAAUAACAAAACAAAAUGGCUAUGGUUCCCAAAAGUGUUUUUAUUUCAUUUAGUUCUUUUCUUAGUGAAACAAUAUCUCAGAAAAGGCAAACAGAAAUAUUAAAAAAUGUAAAAAAUAAACAACAAAAACCAGCUAAAAGUACUAAAAGUAUAAAUAAAUAUAAAUGUAAAUAAUUACCUAUAUACCCACCAAAAAUAAAAAUGUAUAGAUACUAGUUUUCAGAAUUCUUAAAAAUAAAAUAAAAAUCAAAACUUAAAACAAAAAAAUUGUAAAUGUGAUAAAAUAAUUAGUUUUAAAAAUUAAAGUUAA